CCCCACCACAUCUCUGUUUUUAUACGGACUGAAACUACAAUUCCCAGAAGGACGUGCGCCAUUCAGCUCGUGUCGGAAAAGACCAGCAUACAGUUAAGCGUAACAGAGACGUAAUUUGUUGACCAUUAUAAAGAUGGCUGCAGAGUCCACAGAGCGGAAAGACGCGGAGACUUCAGGGACCAAAGACAGAGAACGAAAACGAAGUCGUUCAAGAGAAAGAGAGCGUAAGCGACACAGGUCACGGGAAAGGAAUCGCUCCAAAUCUCCUGAACGUGACCGUCGCUUAAAAGACAAGGACAGAGACAAAGACAAAGACAGAGACCGUGACCGGGACAGAGAAAAAGAAAGAGAGAGGAAUCGUAAGGACAGAGAGGGACAUCGACGUGACAGAAGCAAAAGGUCCAGAAGUCCAUCCCCGAAGUCGAAGGACUCAAAAGUUAAGAAAGACAAGGAUAUCAAGGGGGAAGAGGAGGAUGACGACGAAAAAAAGAAGAAAGAGAAGGUCCAGCCCCUGUCGUUAGAAGAGCUUCUAGCCAAAAAAAAGGCCGAGGAGGAGGCGGAGGCAAAGCCAAAAUUUCUGUCAAAAGAAGAGCGAGAAGCUGAGGCUCUGAAACGAAGAGCCCAACAGACGGAGGAGAAGAGGAGGAUGGUGGAUGAAGAGAGGAAGAAGAGACGGAUGUUCCAGGACAUCGGGCGAAAGAUGAUGGAGGAUCCACAAGAAAGAGAACGACGUGAGCGGCGAGAGCGAAUGGAGCGAGAGAACAAUGGGACUGAAGACGACGACGGGAGACAAAAGCUCAGGGAGGAGAAAGACAAAGGCAAAGAACUCCAGGCCAUUAAGGAGCGUUACCUGGGUGGGAUCAAGAAACGGCGGCGAACACGUCACCUGAACGACAGGAAGUUUGUUUUUGAGUGGGAUGCGUCCGAAGACACAUCUGUGGAUUACAAUCCAAUUUACAAAGAGAAGCACUCGGUGCAGCUGUACGGACGGGGCUUCAUCGCCGGCAUCGACCUGAAGCAGCAGAAGAGGGAGCAGUCGCGUUUCUAUGGUGACCUGAUGGAGAAGAGGAGAACACUGGAGGAGAAGGAGCAGGAGGAGACCAGACUGAAGAAAAUGCGUAAGAAAGAGGCCAAGCAGCGCUGGGACGACAGACACUGGUCCCAGAAAAAACUGGACGAGAUGACGGACAGGGACUGGAGAAUCUUCCGGGAGGACUACAGCAUCACCACUAAGGGAGGGAAGAUUCCAAACCCCAUCAGGAACUGGAAGGAGUACGCUCUGCCUGAUCACAUCCUGGAGGUCAUUGACAAGUGUGGCUACAAGGAUCCCACACCUAUUCAGAGGCAGGCCAUUCCUAUUGGCUUACAGAACCGUGACAUCAUUGGUGUUGCUGAGACUGGCAGCGGUAAAACUGCUGCGUUCUUGAUUCCACUGCUUGUCUGGAUUACCACGCUGCCCAAAAUUGACAGGAUUGAAGACUCAGACCAGGGUCCUUACGCUGUGAUCCUGGCCCCGACCCGUGAGUUGGCUCAGCAGAUUGAAGAGGAGACCCUGAAGUUUGGUAAACCCCUGGGGAUCCGUACGGUUGCUGUGAUUGGAGGAAUCUCCAGAGAAGACCAGGGCUUCCGUCUCAGGAUGGGCUGUGAGAUUGUCAUCGCGACUCCCGGACGUUUGAUCGAUGUGCUGGAGAACCGAUACCUGGUCCUGGGCCGCUGCACGUACGUGGUCCUGGACGAGGCCGAUCGUAUGAUCGACAUGGGCUUUGAGCCCGACGUCCAGAAGAUUCUGGAAUACAUCCCAGUGACAAAUCAGAAACCAGACACUGACGAAGCCGAGGACCCCGAGAAGAUGACCAUGAACUUUGAAUCAGGAAAACACAAAUACAGACAAACGGUCAUGUUCACGGCCACGAUGCCUGCAUCUGUGGAGAGACUGGCCCGCAGCUACCUCCGACGCCCCGCGGUGGUGUACAUCGGAUCUGCUGGCAAACCUCACGAGAGAGUGGAGCAGAAAGUCCUGCUCAUGUCGGAGGGUGAGAAGAGGAAGAAGCUCCUGGAGGUGCUGUCCCACGGCUUUGAACCUCCCAUCAUUAUCUUCGUCAACCAGAAGAAGGGCUGCGACGUGUUGGCCAAGUCUCUGGAGAAGAUGGGGUACAACGCCUGCACGCUCCACGGAGGAAAAGGCCAAGAACAGAGAGAGUUUGCUCUCUCCAACCUCAAGGCUGGGUCCAAAGAUAUUCUGGUGGCCACGGAUGUCGCUGGUCGAGGUAUCGACAUCCAUGACGUCUCUAUGGUUCUUAACUACGACAUGGCCAAGAACAUCGAAGACUACAUCCAUCGUAUCGGUCGUACUGGUCGUGCUGGUAAGAGCGGUGUGGCCAUGACCUUCCUCACCAAGGAGGACUCGGCAGUGUUCUACGAUCUGAAGCAGGCCAUCCUGGAGAGCCCGGUCUCCACCUGCCCCCCCGAGCUCACCAACCAUCCGGACGCUCAGCAUAAACCUGGAACCAUUCUGACCAAGAAGCGGCGGGAGGAGACCAUCUUUGCCUGAGAUGAUGAAGUUUUAGACCAGAUUAAAAUCAGGUUUUCAGGUUGAAGACAUUCAUUGUCUUCAGUCGUUCCUUCCUCUGUGUUUCCUGUUUGGUCAGAGCGUCUCUUCGUCGCACUUCACUGUAAUCAGCUGAAAUUAAAUCCUUUUUUAGACACGGCUCUUGUCUCAUUUGUAAGACAAUAGUGAAGCGUCCAGACAUAUACUCUGUGGUAAAUACUACACAUGAGUACUGGCCAGUUAUACAGUAGGCAGAGAAAAUCUGACUUGUGUUUUUUUUUUUUUUAAAUCAUUCUCAAUCUGUGAAAACAAAAUAAAAUUCCUUAACU